CCUACGGUCUUGAGAUGAAUUGAAAACCCCUGUAAAAACAAGAUAAACACAAAUCAAAGUUGACAGUUCUAAGCCUGCCCAAUAGAUUUCUUUACAGCGGCACCGAUAGUAAAUACACCAAUGUGCGUGCGCGUCUAGAUGCGUGAGACGUAUUAGAUACGGAAAAGAUUAAAUCUCGUAUGGCUACUUACAGAUAUGAUAUAAUUUAAAAGAUUUUUAACAGAAAAAUUAUUUCCUUCUACAAGUUGCUCUGUGCAAGUGAAGAACGGAUCGAAAGUGAACAAGAAUUUGUACGUGGAAAAAGUAUUAGGAAUAAAGUGUGACAGUGUAUUUGAGUCAACGUGCAUUCUCUUGGCGGCACUAGAGGAUGGAGACUCGGUUGCAUCAACUUCCGCCUUGUAUUUUAGAGCAGUUCCAUUUCCUAAAUGAUUUGAAAUAUCCCGUGUUAAUACGACAGCAUCUGGGAAAUUGGAUCAAAGAUAGUUUGCACAACGCGCCAACUUAUACAAACAACAUGCAAUCGAUGUAUGAACUUGAUGCUGCCAAGUUUUUCACUGCUCUCGUCAAUGAAGUAGACCAAGUAUCAGCCAAUCUUCCAAAUAAGAGGAAAUGUCUUCUCUGCAGGUCGGCCAUUAUGCUUCGAGACCAAAAUUUUCAAAAUUUGACUCAAUUAUAUUUGAGCCUUUUACACCAAAUACAACCAAAUUGCGAAAAAGGUUGUAAAACCGAAUAUACGAUUGCGCAAACUUCAUCGGAUGGGCAACAGACAGAUGUGUUAUAUGGGUUACAGCAGCUUCAGGUAAUGGAGCGAAACAAUUGGAAGGAAACCCACCAACUCAUACAGGAAUGCGAGCAUUUGGUGCAAAGGCAAGAUCACGUCCAGCGACUAUCAAAUCAGCGAAGCCAUAACAAACGAAUUCAAUGGUAUAGCCUGAGACAAAGUUGUCUUGUAGAUGCAUUCAAGAAGACAAUACGAAAAGCCGAAGAGGUGCUGAACCUGGUGUAUAAUAAGUAUAUCUUCGAAUGGCAGAAAAGUCAAAUGUUUCCGGAGGUCCGUUUGACAAAUGCGUACAGCCUGGAUGAAAUACAAACAUGGUAUGAAAGUUUAGCAGCGAUCAUGUGGAACACGAAGGAUCAGAUACACUUGACAAUGAAAAGCCAGUUACGAGAACAUGUCUCACAAGAAAUCAAUUCAGACCUGUGGAAGGUUAUGAAAGACGUGAUGAAUUUCAUAAAGUUGUUGCUACAUAAAGCAUUCAUAGUCGAAAAUCAACCACCGCAAGUGAUGAAAAUGAACACACGCUUUUGUGCAACCGUUCGCCUGCUUAUCGACAAUGCGCUCAUUAUGAAGAUAGGAAACCCGAAAGUAACGGUGUCCAUCAUUUCCGAGAGUCAAGCACAACAAAUUCAAAGUACGAACGCUGCCGCAGAUUGCUCAUCUGGUGAAAUCGAGAAUAACAUUGCGAAUCUGCAGUACCAAUUGAGCAAUAAAUUCCUUGCGAACUUCAGUAACAUGCGCCUGAAAAAGAUAAACCGUGGCAGCAGGAAAAUAAAUAAACGCGUGGUGGACGAGAAGUUUGCUCUUUUGUUCCAGUCAAGUUUUACUUUGGAACAGGAAGAGCUGGCAGUUACCGUGUGGACAUUAUCACUUCCAGCAGUGGUAAUAGUACACGUAAAUCAGGAACAACUGGCAUGGGCAACCAUUAUCUGGGACAACCUAUUUGCAAAAGCCGAUCGCAAACUAUUCGAGGUACCGAAUCUAAUACCCUGGAAUAGACUGGUCGAAGCAAUCAGCAGGACAUUUAGUGCACGGGUAGGUCGUAGUUUGACCGAUGAAAAUAUGCAAUACAUGUAUCGUAAAGCGUACAGGGAUAAACUUUCGUUUUCAGUGUCGAACGACCAAAUGAUCAGCUUUGCCCAAUUCUGCAAAAAUACCACAUCGGAAUGCAUCUAUACAUUCUGGGAAUGGGUUUAUGCCGCACUGAAAAUAAUACGCGAUCACCUACAGAUUCUAUGGGUUGACAAUACCAUUAUCGGCUUCAUACACAAGUCUACCGCGGAAAAAUAUCUGGCUAAAUGUGUACCGGGGACCUUCCUGUUGCGGUUCACGGAUAGUGUACUGGGCGGGAUCAGCAUUGCCUGGGUGCACGAAUCCAACAACGGACAAAAGCAGAUUCUACACAUUCAGCCAUUUACAGCGAAGGAUCUUGUCGUUCGACCCCUAGCAAAUCGCAUCUGUGAUCUUGGUGAACUCAUGUAUCUGUACCCAAAUAUUCCGAAGCAAGAGGCAUUCGGUCGAUACACAACAUCUGUAAUACAAAAACCUCGUAGCAAACAUUAUAUUCCAGCAGAAAUGCGUACUGUGUUAAUAUUUGCUCCAACUGGCAAUCAGAUUUCCAGUACCUCAAAUGCUGAACAAUCGCCAAGUGCAUCAUCCUACGAUACGUUUUCCAACGAGUAUGUUCUUACAAACCUUGAUGAGAUCUACAAAUUUGAAACUGAGAAUGUUGACAUGUUUUCGGUUCAGAAUUAUUGGGAGCAACAGUAAAAAGGAAACAUGAUGAAAAAUGUCAACGUGCGACCUACGUUAGUGCUCGGAUGACUAUUUAGUGUAAAGUUACCUAAAAGGCAAGAAAAUAUGAACUUCAUUUCGUGUUUA